CGGACCAAAUCCCUUUCCUCAAUGGCCAAAUCCCCCUGCCAAACGUACCGGCGCCGAACCCGAAGCUACCGGAACUGGCUGGAGCUCCCGGAGGAUGUCACGGCGUCGAUACUCUCCCGCCUCGACGCCAUCGCAAUCCUGACGCGAGCUCAGAAGGUGUGCAUGAAGUGGCGCAGAAUCUGCAAGGACCGUCUCAUGUGGCGCACCAUCGACAUGAGAAACGACGGGUUUCUCCGGGAUUAUGACUUCUACUUGGAAAAGAUGUGCCGCCACGGCGUUGAUUUGAGCUCCGGUGGUCUGGUCGAUAUCAAUGUCGAGCAUUUCGGCACCGAUGAGCUCCUCAAGUAUAUCACUAACAGUUCGAGUGGAAUUAGACGCCUCCGUUUAGUCUGUUGUUACGGCAUAACCGAUGAGGGAUUGAUUGAAGUGGCUUCGAAACUUCCGCUGCUGGAACACCUUGAAAUCUCUUUCAACUUUGCCUCUGCUCAGUCUCUAGAAGUGAUUGGGCGCGCUUGCCCUCUCUUGAAGUUACUCAAGCUGAACAAGUAUGGGUACGUACAGAUACCCGUAUCAUGAGUGUGAUGAUGAUGCCGUUGCGAUAGCAUCCGCAAUGUGUGAUCUACGCCACCUGCAGCUUUGCGGUAAUAAGCUGACCAACGACGGCUUGCAGAAAAUCCUUGAUUGUUGUCCGAAUCUUGAAUCACUUGAUCUGCGCAAAUGUUUCAAUAUCAAUUUUGGGGUAGUUUUGAAAAGAAGAUGUAGUAAACACAGAUUAAAAGUUUACGGCUUCCUGAUGAUUCCACCGAAGACUAUGAGUUUGAUCGUGCAAAUCGCAGAGAGUUAUAUGCUCAAACCAAGUGCGAUCCGGAUUAUGGUGACUUCCUCCUAUUUGGACGUUCUGUUUUUGGUCGAGAUUGGUGUACAGCAUCAAGUUUACGGAGCAUUGCGAGAGUAACUAUUGUUGUAGUAUGUUAAUAACUUAUAGCUUUAAACUUUUCUCGAGCAUAUAGCUUUUCUUAGUGUUGUUGUAGUAAGUUGUAAUACCAGUUAAGAACUUGAGAUGGUUGAGUUGAGCUCAUGUAACAUCAUUGUAUUAAGCUAGUUAUUACUUCCCAAAUUAAGGUCAGUCUUGGUAAACCCUAAAAUCCUAUCAAGUAAGAGUG